AUGGACGAAACAGUCGAACUCAAUGCGACAUUACAUUCACUCAUUAACAAACUCAUGGAUAAAUACUGUCUCGUUCGGCAUUUUGGUGGGCAACAAAUCAAGAUGUGCGCGAUCAUGGCUCUCCACAAAUUCCUAUCCACUGUUGCUCAGAUCAUCUUCCUUUCUCAAGACCGAACCGAUCGUAUAGGAAACAUGAGCGACAAUGAUGCAGCCAGCUACCAACCAAAAAGUUAUGAUAUCCCUGGAUCAGCUGUUACCAGAAGAUGCGCUAUUCCUGAUUUACCAAACGACACCUACGCAAUCCAAGAUACGGACCACGCCGAUCUGGUCAAGGCUUAUAUUCCACAGCACAUGGAAGAUGGAGAGCGCAAAUAUAACAAUUGUUAUUUCUACAGCAAUGAAACAUUAGGCGGUAACGGAACGAUGCAUGCAUGUAAUUCUUGGGUUUAUGACAAAUCACAGUAUCAGACAUCAGUUACCAGUGACAUGAACUUGGUAUGCGAUCGUGCAAUUUUCACUAGUCAUGUAAAGACCGUUUUUUUUGUCGGAGCAUUUAUCAUGUUUUUGAUUGGCGGAUGGAUUUCAGAUAAGUUUGGACGGAAAAUAACUCUAGUUUCUUGUGUUCUUAUUCAAGGAAGCAGUUCUCUGGCGAGUUCACAAGUAAACAACGUUUAUUUAUUUCUCUUCAUCCGUUUUUUAUCGGCCGUCGGAGGAGCUGGAGGUUUUGGUGCGCUCCUUGUAUAUGUAACAGAAAUUACAUCCAUGAAGUAUCGAUCCCGACCGUCACUGGCAAUACAAAUUGGGUUUCCUGUUGCUUUUAUUUUGAUUUCUCUGAUCGCGUACUUCAUAAGAGUCUGGAGAUUGUUAAUAAUCAUCAUCUCAGUACCAUUAAUACCAUUGGCAUUAUUAAUCAUGUGGUUUGUCCCAGAGUCGCCCCGUUGGUUGAUGAUUGUAAACAGAAAAAAACAUGCUGGAAAAAUCUUAAAUAAAAUGGCAGAAAUAAACAAGAGUAACUUUCGUUAUGAAAUGGAACAUGAAAUUGAAACAUCUAAUAGCAAUGACAGAAGCGUCAAAGUAUGGAAAAUUUUCACUGUUCGAACUCUUCUGAAAAAAACUUUAAUUAUGAUGUUCAACUGGGGAACAAUGAUAUUCGUUUACUAUGGAAUGACUCUGAACAUCGGUGUUCUGGCGGGUAAUGUUUAUUUGAAUUUAGUUCUGAAUUCUAUCGUCGAAAUCUCAGUGAUUCUUUUCGCUGCCAUCGUUGUGGAUCGUUUAGGAAGAAAGAAAUUGACACUUUUCUUCAUGGUUGCCAGUGGUAUAACUGGUAUUCUUACCCUCUUCCCAUAUCUGUACGCAUCAAAAGAUCAGUACUGGACGAUAACGGCGCUGACCACAUUUAGUAGAAUGUGUGUAUCAGGAGCUUCUUCAAUUAUCUAUCUUUAUACCUGCGAACUUUAUCCUACAUGCAUUCGAAAUUCUUCAGUGGGAUUUUUCGGCGCCUUUGCGAGGGUUGGAGGGGUAAUCUCACCCUACAUUAUGGACAUCUCAACUUUGGUUCCUGGGCGAGUGGGUAAAAGUCUCCCUUUGAUGGUGAUGGGAUUUACAUGCUUCGUAUCUGGGAUUUUAAUUAUCUUUCUACCUGAAACAACUAACAAACCGAUGCAAGAUACUCUUGAUGAGGUGAUGAAUAACAAACACACAAAUAACAGCGAAUGCAAAGGAGAAAUGGAUGAAACACUCGAACUCAAUGCGGUGGCAUGA